UAAUAAUCAUAUUAAUCAGGAAGGAAGGAAGGAAGGAAGGAAGGAAGAGACUUCGACGUGGGAAAUGACAAGGGGCUGCCGUCACCCCUCAGUUUUUUUACUUUGGCUGCCCUUUUCAUCUCUUCUGCCACCGGAGCCGGAGAUUCCAACGUCAGCGCUUCAGCUACAGCUCCCCUACCUACCCUCUCAUUUCAUAUAAUACAUGCAUGAUAUGAUAUAUAAUCUCCAUCCAUCUUAGUUAAGAUUUGAUCGAUGUUGCUAAUGCUAGCUAACGCGUCAUUGAUCAUUCCAUUUAAUCAUGGUUCUUAUAAACUAAUUAAUAAUGCAUGCAGAAUGACUGCGUUUACACCUUCUACGUUAAGACCGGUUCAGGGUUCAAAGCCGGGACUGACUCGAAGAUAACACUGACCCUUGUCGACGGUUUGGGCCUUUCCACUUGGGUCCCCGACCUUGAGCAGUGGGGCCUCAUGGGCCCUUCCCAUGACUACUACGAGCGUGGCAACAUCGAUGCCUUCAGCGGCCGUGGCCCCUGCAUCGGAUCCCCCAUCUGCCGCCUCAACCUUACCUCUGAUGGCUCUGGCCGCCGCCAUGGCUGGUACUGUGACUACGUCGAGGUCACCUCCACGGGGCCCCGAAGGCCUUGCUCCCAAACCAUUUUCUACGUUGAUAGGUGGCUCGCCACUGAUGCUCCACCCUUCAACCUGACCGUGGUGCUUGAUGGCUGUGGAAGGGUGGAAGCAGGUCGACAGGGCAGAAAUGGAGCUUUCAUCGUGCAAGAGGCUAAACGGUCUUCGGCGGCUUGAGACACAGACGCACACUAGAAUGCAAGUGCAACUGCGUCUGCUGGAGAAAGUGAAGAUUUUCUUUUCUUCCCCUUCUAUAUCUAGAUAUAGAUAGAUAUGAAUUAAUAAUGUGUAUGGCAUAUUACCUUAAUUAAUUAGCUGCAGGAACAUAUAUAUAUAUAUAUUAUUUGUUUAGGGAUGAAUUAAUCAUAACCCUUUCAAAAGAA